ACGGCUAAAGACUUUUUCUCUAAGUCAAUCUCUCUCCUUAAUUUCUUCUAUAUAAUCCAACCACUCUCUUUGGCUCCUUCUUUCUCUUUCAGCUCCAUUAACAAACACCGAAAACCUCUGCGAAUAAUUCUCUCCGCAACUUCUCUACCUUCAAUGGGCAAUGCCGUGUCUCCUUGUUGGAAACGGACCGGCUGUUGCGGCCGCCGGUCCGUCAAGCUCGUCUUCUGGGGGGGAACCACAAGGGUAAUCCAUGGUAAGCACAUAGCCGGGGAGAUCAUGUUUGAAUCGCCUGAUAAAAUAGUUUGUCAUGCGGAUUCUUUCUUCAUCGGCCACCCUAUCCCGGCACUUUCACUCGACGAUGAACUCCUUCCCGGCCAAACCUACUUCGUCCUCCCCAUCGACCGCUUUGCGUGCAGCGUGUUAACGGCUUCUUCCCUCGCUGGCUUAAGCUCCUCCGGUCCUAAACCUGCCGCCCCGAUCAAGUUCGGCGACAGCCCGUUUCAGUAUUUAAAGGGUUCGAAUGGUAGGAUUUUGAUAAAGGUGGCGCCUGAGUUUAUAGCCAGGCUCAUUAAUGCCGGUGAAGAAGAAGACGAGGCAGGUGGGUCGGGUUCUAAUAGUCCGAGUUUUCUUUGUAGCACGCCGGAAUUGAAGAAGCAUUACGAGCAACUUGUUGGGUCGAAAGAACAGGUGUGGUCGCCGAAGCUGGAGACCAUUUCUGAGCAUAAAAUUAGGUUUUCACCUUGCAGGUUUAUAGGAUUGGAGUGGAAGCAGAAAGAGAAGGAAGGGUGAUUUUUAAUUUUUUUGGAUUAAAAUUAAAGUUCAUCUCUUCAUCUUUUCUUUUUCUUCUCUCCUUUAAUUUUGAUUCGAUGUAGAUUAUAAAUGUUAAUGAUCACUAGUGUCAAUCUUGUUGGUGAAGAAAGGAAGGAAUUGAUGUACAAAUCACAUGAGAUCACCAAGUAGGUAGGUUUAUAUAUGUUAAUUAGGGUUUGUCACAAUUGUGUUGUACAAAUUAAUUGUAAUCUAGAAAAGGUUUUUGAUGAAAUUAAGAGAUUCUGCUGCUCCAA